AGGCACAUGCUUUAUGACAUCUGUGUGUUCAACUUUUUAACAUUUUUGCAUUUUUGUUUCAGGAACGACAGACACAGACGGCAGACCGAUAAUCUUGUGCUACGCCGAAUGCAUCGCUCGAGCCGGUCUGAAUAAAUACGAAAUAGCCAAGUUGCUGCUCUACUACUCCUCCAUACCGACGGUUCAAGCAAAGGAGAGAGGCCUAACAGUCCUGCUUUUGGCAGAGAACGAGGACAACUACAGGGUACUAGAGCUUCUAGAUAAAUCAAUAUGUCUUAUAGGAAAUUGCAUUUCUAUAAACAAAUUCUUAGUCUGGACUCCAGGAUUGAAGAAUCACAAGGACGUCAAGACGCUAGGAAGCAGGGUAGAAGCUAUAUUCUUAAUGGACGAGGGUAAACUUAGAAAAUACGUCAGUAAAGAUCAAUCCCCAGCCAGUUGUGGUGGAACAUGCACCCAUGAUCAGCUGGAAUGGGUGGAGUUCUUCAAACAGCUGGAACCCUUCUUGAGCACAUGCAAAUCAGCUGGGAAGAACCUUCUCUCCAUACUUUCACAGUUGAGGAACGAAGAUGUGCCUCAUCAGGUGACUAGGCGGUUCUUGAACCACCAGUGCAGGCAAAUAACCAAGGCACUGGAGUCCGAAACAAUCCAAAAACUGAAACGAGAGGGAAACAAGACUUUGACAAGCUUAGCGGAAAGAAGUCAAUGGUUGUCUAGCAGUAAAGAUGUCAAGAGAAAUGCCACAGUUGCAUACGAUUCCUUCAACGCAGUGGAAAGAGUGACCAAGAGGCUCGAGCAGUUGAAGCAAGAACGUGUGGAGAAGUUGAAGGAGCUUGCCAAGUUGAAGACGUUACAGGAAGAAGCUGAUGAGCUCCUGUCUUGGACGAAGAAAGUUGGGGAAGACACACUGAACAGUUUGACGUUGUUGCUGCGAUCUGCUAGUGACUCCAAGGCGGUAAAAGAUGUGGCUAAUGAUUUCGAGAAGUUCUUCUUCAAUGCAUGGAGACAAAUCGAAAAGUCCAACGACCUGUACGAAGAGUGCAAGACUUUGAAGGAUGCUAAAGGCGAACAACUCAAGGAGUUUGCAAGCAACCUUCAAAUACAGAUGAAAGCAUUCAGGGAGAAAUUGGAGGACACACGGGAGAGGAUUGAGGACAGUUCCAGAUGCUUUUUGUUACUGGAAUCAUGUCACGAUAUUUUGGAGGACGACACUAAGGAACAGGAGGAGUUUAUGAAGUUGGCAAAGAAGUCUGGAAAUGAAAAACUCAUUCAGAUGUGCGAGUCGGCAAAGAAGCACGACCCGACCACGGAUCCCAACCAGCCACCAGAUAAACCAAAACCCCAGCAAAACAAGAGACCUCCCUCUCUGUCAGGCAUCAGCGCAUCCAGUACUCCCGUGAAACCUCAGUCCCAGAUCAGGAGGAGGUCAGUAAGCUCCUUGGCCUUCAUCUACCAUUGCAGCCACCAUGCAGCGGGGGAGAUGUGCAAUUGCUGCGAGUCUGAUACUGAGAACAACUCUGUUUCCUACAAGCUGAAGAAGAAGUAUAUUCAGACGUUGCAGAACUGCGUUUGCAAGGAUGCGCUAGAAAGGAAGAAUAGUGGUACUCUUGGAGGCAUCAAGGAGGAGCGCGAGAGCGUGGAAAACCUCCUUGAGAAAAUCGACGAAUGCAACAGAUGCGACAGUGGCGUAUCCACGGCGGAUAACUCUGUAGGGGACGGCAGCGUGUAUGGAAAAAAGAAAAUGCAAAGGCAAUGCUCGUGCCAGUACUACAGGGAGACUUGCGCCAUGUGCAGCGCGGGCAGCUCGAGUGCUGGGUCCAACCAGGACCAUACUGAGAACCAGCAGGAUAGCAUCAUCGAGGAGGGAAGUGAUGGAUUUGUCAAAAGUAGCAGUAGUGACGACAUCGAAGAAGAUAACUAUCAAGAAGAGCGAAGAAAGGUACCUCCCGUAUCAGCGAACAGCCAUCUUUACUGCCAUGCUUCUAGCUUAGAUUUGCCAUCAGAUGCUUUGUACAAUAAUAUGGAUCCAAAGACACAAAAGACGCUAACGUACAUAAUUAAAGAAAUGAUCGAAACGGAACGGGACUACGUCAAAUCUCUGGACUACAUAAUAGUAAACUACGUCCCGGAACUGCAAAGGGAAGACAUACCUCAAGCCUUGCGCGGACAAAGAAAUACAGUCUUUGGGAAUGUAGAAAAGAUCUACGAGUUCCACAGUCAACAUUUCCUUGGCGAAUUGGAAGAGUGCAUCAACAAUCCUUUGCAAGUCGGCCAAAUCUUCUUGAAGUACGACAAGAGGUUUUACUUGUAUGCGCUGUAUAAUAAGAACAAGCCGAAGUCGGAUUCAUUGAUGUCAGAAUAUGGAACUCAGUUCUUCAAGAGUAAACAAUUGGAGUUGGGCGAUAAGAUGGAUCUGGCCAGUUACCUAUUGAAACCAGUACAAAGAAUGGGAAAAUACGCUCUAUUAUUGCAGCAAAUGAUGAAAGCUUGUCCCGAAACGCUCCUGAACUCAUCUGAAAGGUCUAUUCAAGAAAUUGAGGACCUCAAACUAGCCGAAGAGAUGGUUAAGUUUCAGUUGAGACAUGGCAAUGACUUGCUGGCCAUGGAUUCGAUUAGGGAAUGUGAUGUAAAUUUGAAAGAACAGGGUCGCCUCUUAAGGCAAAACGAAUUCUUGGUUUGGGAAGGAAAAAGUGGGAAGAGGUCACUUAGACAAGUUUUCCUAUUCGAAGAAUUGAUACUAUUCAGUAAAGCACGAAGGUUUCCUGAUAGAAAGAACUUGGACCUCUACAUUUACAAGAACAGUAUCAAGAUGACGGACAUUGGUUUAACGGCGAAAAUCGGUGAAAGCCCCACAAAAUUCGAGAUUUGGUUCAGAAAACGUAAGCCUAAUGACACGUUCACCUUGCAGUCUAUGACAGAGGACGUGAAAAAGAUUUGGACGGAAGAACUAUCACAACUGCUAUGGAAGCAAGCUAUAAAAAAUAGAGCUGUACGUAUGGCAGAGAUGUCUUCCAUGGGAAUUGGAAACAAACCUUGUCUAGACAUCAGACCCAGCGAUAACCAAAUCAGCGAUAGGUCAAUAAGCUUUGCUCAACUAAGUCGAAGUUCAUCAGAAGUACCUGCCACACCACAACUCUUUCGGAUUUUGGGUUCUGUUCCGAGGUUCCGUAACUCCAUAGUGGGCCCGGUGACAGAAGCGUGUCGGAACGUCAAACGCCCCCAUUCAGUGAUAUCUAUGUCGAGCGUUUCGUCAAGUAGCACCAGUUCUGGAGGGUCAGCAGGCACGCCGACAGGUCAAGGCGGCUCCAUCGGUCAUGGCAGUUAUGAGUCAACUUGCGAUAGUCCUAAGCCGUAUCAUAAGUCUGCAACCUUGAAUAGCCAAUGUUCAGUAGUACAAUUGACAUUGGUACUACUGAAAGACUGUCAAAAUCUACCAGCACCAGUAUUGCCAAGAUGACACCUUCUAACCAUUGUGGUACUCGUAGAACUUUUAUUUUGAGAGUGGCAUCAUAGCAGACAUUUCGGUAGCUUCAGAUGAAUCGUUCGAUCCAGCAAACGCCGGCUUGUAGAAUUUAGUCAUGUUUGCAUUUAAAAUGCAUGUUUGGCUGUUUUAAGUCAAUAUUACACCACGUGCCAGGUAUAUACCAUUUAGCUUUAAGUUGAUAUUUUAAAAAAGCAUAUAACUUAUAUGUAAUAAUUUUUUAUUCACUUUAUGUCAAUGUAUAUAAUUUAAACGUUAUUGUAAUUUAUUCGAUAAUAUUUUAUAUUUUUUGUCAGAUCUUUAUAGUAUAUUUUGAGCUAUAUCCAGACCAGCUACGUACCUUAUAUUAUCGCUAUCUUCAAGCAACCUACAGUAAAUAUAAUUUAUUUUAUUCCUGUACUUAAAAAUACCAGUUCGAUUGUCACAAUGCAGAAAUUCACUACAGCUUUAGGGAAUUGACCACUUUUGUAUAUAUUUUUACAUUGAUAGUACCUUGAUAGAAAAAAUAUUAACACUAAUAAAUACCUAGACCCUAAUAACAAAAACUGUAAAUGCAUGGAAGGACUUUUAUAUUAUACUGUCAUAUUAAAGAAGAAAUAAAUAUAUAAAUAUGUAAAAACAAAA